AUGAUCCUUCAACCAUCUGGCAAACUUCAGCUGCUUCUACUAUUCAUCAUACUUUCUUUCUUUAAAAUACAAGCUCUUAAUAAUAUUUUAAGUGAGCUAAACAAACGUUUACUAAUCUCCACAACAUUUUUAUACUCUAACGAAACCGAUAAGCUAAAAAAUUAUGAAGUAACAUAUCUAAGAGAUAUGCCGCUUAUGAAUCUGAUGAUCUUAACCGAAACCUUUAACUCCACUCAACUUCAAUAUAAUUUGGGAGCCACCAACAAACUCUUUGUGAUUUUAGGAAACGAAGAGCCGCCUUAUGAAGUAUUUAAGAUCUUGGAUUUACAAUUUCAACUAGCGGAAUAUGUGAUAAUCAUAGAGAAACCUGUAGAUAUAAUAAAAGAAACCAAGUGGCUGGACUUUGUGAGGCAUUUGUGGCAAGAAGGUUAUGUGCACUUGCUGUUUUAUAACACCUACAAUAAGAGAUUAUAUCACAAAAUUAUAUUUCCCGAAUUGAGAAUACAAGAAACUGUAAUAGAAAACUAUAUAAACUUUAGAGGAACUUUCCAGAACCUUUAUGGCUACCCCGUAAGAGUGGCUGCCUAUAAUAAUGCUCCUCGCACUCUGAUUUAUAUGAAUAAUAAGGGUGAACAGAUAUUUGCUGGUUUCUAUAUGAGAUUUGUAAAAGCUUUCUUAGAAGCCAGAAAUGCCAGCUUUGUUCCUAUACUCACGCCCAGCAAUUCUCCUGGAAAUUGUACCCUAGCUCUCCAAAAUGAGAGGGUAGAUCUGUGUGCCGAUGCCUUGGCAGCAAAUCCUUCAGCCUUUAGCUUGACCCAUGGCUUCAGAAUGGCCACAGCCAAUGUCCUGGUGACACAUGCCAAGCCAUUGCAUUCCUAUCGCUACCUAACAGCUCCCUUCCAGCUGAGUGUGUGGCUCUGCCUGGCCACCUAUGUGAGCCUGGUGGUGAGCUUUCUCAGUUUGAUUCACUAUCUGAACAGUGGAGAAUGGGACAUUAGCAGGCAUCUCCUAGAAGUUUUUAGUUCCCUUUUGUACAGUGGUUUUCACCUGAAGAGGUUGCCAGGAAAAGCUCGUUAUAUACUAUAUUUUGUGCUCUUCAUAGCUGGUUUUGUGUACUCCACCGAGUAUUUGGGUCUCCUGAAGAGCCUGUUGAUCUCCGAGGUUUACGAGAAGCAAAUCAAUAGCUUUGAGGCUUUGGUGGAGAGCAAUAUUACACUCCUAAUGGAUCCCUAUGAUAAAAUCUUAUUCGCCAAGUACAAUAUGCCGGAGAUACUUUGGUCCAUCGUGGAGACUGUGUCCUUUGAGACUCUGCUAGAGCACAGGAAUCGCUUCGAUCAAGACUACGCUUACAUACUCUUCACGGAUCGCAGGGCUCUGUAUGAUUAUGCCCAGCAGUUCUUGAAGCAUUCCAAGCUGCUUCGUAUACCCAUUGACUUUGGUUUCCUUUACUCCGGAAUUCCCAUGCGGAAGCGUUGGUUCCUCAAGCAGCAUCUGGACCGCGCCUGGUUCUGGGCCUUCGAGAGUGGUCUUACCAGGAAACUGGCCUUGGAUGCCGACUACGAGGCGGUGCGCGUGGGCUACUUGGAUUUUCUCAUCACGGAGCACUUGGAGGCACAGCCUUUGGGUUUGGAUUAUUUCGUCAUGCCAGCGAUUGCUCUGGGUCUGGGCUACAGCCUGGCUCUGGUUAGUUUUGUCAUCGAGAUGACGGCCUGGCGCAUAAGCGGAUUCCAGGGCUCCAAGAGGAGGAAGCAGGUGCUCAGGGAGGGGAGUGCGGAGAUGGGAAUGAGUUCAGGAGACGGUGAUGUUGAUGUUGAUUGA